UUUGAAGUUUAACUUUGCAUGUCAUGUCUGACGCUCCAUAGAAAUUUUAUCAAAUAUAUUUAUUAUUUUGUUUUUUAGCAUCUGUGUUAAAAAGAUGUUUGUAUCGCUUCUUCAUAUCUUUUGUUCCUGAAAUGUAAACUUGUGCCUGGUGUCAGAAACAGAAACAAGACACACAUAACAGAAGAAGGGUAGUUUUGGAUUUAAAGGUUGAUUGUGGGUGGAAACGUGUUUUAUUGUGAAAGGGCUGGCCGGAUGUAGUGUUGUGUGGGCGUGAAAUUUCCAGAGUAAAAACAGGAGUGAAAGCUGUGGCACACUCAGCUGUGAGAGACUCUCUGACUCCCACAGGUCAGAGACUGGGUGAUCAGGUCCAGGAUCAGGUUUAGGAACAGGGGAUCAGGUCUGAGAUCAGGUCUAAGAACCAGGGACCGGGUCCAAGAACAGGUCCAUGACAAGGGAAUCAGGUCUGAGAUCAAGUUGGAGAUGAGGGGAUCUUGUCCAAGAGAAGGUGAUCAGGUCUGAGGUCAAGUCUGGCAACAGGUCAGGUCCAGAAUCAAGUCUGAGAUCCAGGUCUAGACUCAGGUCUGACCGCAGGUGAUCAGGUCUACACUCAGGGGAUCAGGUCCAGGCUCGGGUCCCUCCUCAGGUGAUCAGGUCUGACUCGGACCCGGGUCAGCCAUGCCUUUCAUCGACCACGUCUCGGACUCGGACCUGCAGCGCCUGGCCCUGCAGCGGGUGGUUCCGGCCCUGCUGAGCCGCGGGUUCUGCUACGUGGACGGGCUGCUGGGGGAGGUGGCGGGCGGCGCGGUGCUGGAGCAGGUCCGGGACAUGCACCGGUCCGGGGCGCUGCAAGACGGCCGCCUGGCGAGCUCCGCGCCCGGCGUGCACCGGCGCAACGUCCGCGGGGACAAGAUCGCCUGGGUGAGCGGCGCGGAGCGCGGCUGCGAGGCGGUCAACUUCCUCCUCAACCUCAUCGACAAGCUGGUGUCCAUGUGCGCCGGGCGGCUGGGGACCGGGACCGGGACCGGGGCCGGGGCCGGGACCAGCAUCCGGGAGAGAUCCAAGGCCAUGGUGGCGUGUUACCCGGGAAACGGCACAGGUUACGUCAAACACGUGGACAACCACAACUAUGAUGGACGCCGCAUCACCUGCAUCUACUACCUCAACAAGGACUGGAACGCCAAGGAGCAUGGCGGCGUGCUCCGGAUCUUUCCAGAGGGAAAAUCCUACGUUGUCGACAUCCAGCCGCUGUUCGACCGUUUGCUUCUCUUCUGGUCCGACCGCAGGAACCCGCAUGAAGUACAACCCUCGUACGCUACCAGGUACGCCAUCACUGUUUGGUAUUUUGACUCUGAGGAGCGAGCUGAGGCCAAGAGACGCUUCAGAGACCUCGCAGCGUCCACGUCGCAGCAGCAGCAACAGCCACCGCAGGACAGCGGCUCCAGCUGAUGGAGGGAAACGCUGCCCCCUGGUGGUGGAGGCCGCAGCCUGCUUCCUCCUGAGACUCUGCUUUUUGUGCAAUAACUCUGAUUCCCACUGGGACAAGAAAAAGCACCUUUUUUUUUCUUUUUAUAAAGCAAGAGCUUCUCCUUCGGCGGGAAAAAAACGGAAGGUUUACAAAGACGCACACCUGGAACGUCAAGUCGCCUUCAGAGGAAGGCGGACGCUCGUUUACAUCUGACUGAGAAUCUUUAACGAAGCAGCAUGUGACACUGAACUGAUUCCACUCCUGAGCAGCAGCGUCGGACAGACCAGAAGCAUCCAUACUCAACAGAGCUCAACUUACUAGACUAUUGAUCCCCAACCAGCUAGUUUUUCCUUUUAUUUCUUCAUUUUUAAAGUUAAAGUAAAGCUACGUACUCUUCUUCUGUAGAUGUUUUAAAAUGAGCUUGAAAACAGAAAGUUUUGAUAGAAAUUUAAAGGAUUUAUUUUAUUUUUAGAUAUUUUCAGCAUCUAAAACUGUUUAAUUUGAAGUAGUCUACUUUCCCAAUAGAAAAUUUUGAUUUAUUAAAAAAAAAAAAAAAAAAAGAUGUGAGCAUGCUGAAUCAGCUUUUCAUAUCCUCUAAAGACGAUGGUCGGUCUGAAUGUGUAACAUCAAAGUCAUUCCUCUUCUGUGCACCAGGUGGCAGUAAUGAGUCAAUGUUAUCUUUAUAAAGUUUGGAAUUCAACCAAAAAAAAGACACACUGUACAUUUAUCUCAGUUGUGUUUUCAACUGUAUAUAUUUGGAAUAAGAUCACUAUUUAUUUUAUGAACUUGGAUUUUAUCAUUUGUACUCGGGAGUUAAAGGACGAUAAUUUCUAGACAUUUAUAUCUAUUUAUCUUGAGUUAUGAGUGAGAUAGAAAAAAAAUGACCUUUUUGAAGCGUUUACUGCUGUGAACUAGUUAUAAAGAUGCUAUGUUUUCUUGGAGAAAUUAAUUUGAAUUUGAACUUUCAGCGUUUUCUGAUUGAGUUUCUUACUUUUCUGUCACUGUUUACAUGUAAAAUGGAAAAAAAAAAGCAGAAUUCUGCUGUUUUUAAAUGUGGUAUGGUGAAAAAUGUGAAAAUGAUAU